AUGAUCUCGCCCACUAUACUUUUCUCGCUUGCCUGCACCGUAGUCCUCGCUAUACGGGUUGCUAAGGCUGCCGCCGGUCGAUAUGCGCGAUACGAAGCUCUCCGCGGCUUGAGCGGCCCUGCAAGCGCAUCACUUCUCACAGGUAACCUUGCCCAGAUAGCGGACACGACCGGGAUGAAGUACUUGUGUCGUCUCCUGGCAGAGUACGGAAGCGUGGCGAGGGUGCAUGGUAUCUGUGGCGACACUGCGCUUCUCCUCACCGACCCUACCGCUCUGGGACACAUACUCGUCAAGGAUCCGGACAACUUUCCUGAAGUUGACUUCACGGGCUCUACUCACCUGCUUCACUUCAUGUUCGGACCGGGGCUAGUUCCUACCAAUGGUCCAAGACACCGGAGGCAACGCAAGCUUCUCAAUCCCCUGUUCUCAACGAGCCAUAUGCGGCGGGCGACGCCCCUUGUCCGCUCUCUGACACAGCAAUACACGGACAAACUUAUGGCUCAGGCUCGAACGGCCACGGGAGACGUCGACGUAGCCCCAGGAUUCGCAGGCUUAGCUCUCGAAGUAAUCACCCAAUUCGGCUUCCAACAUACUUUCAACGCGCUCGAAGGGAAGGCCAAUGACUAUAUCUGCGCGGCGAAGGAGAUCCUUCCCGCCAUCACGAGCCUUGCACCUUGGAUGAUAGUCUUCGUAGGCUCAGGACUAGCCAGCUUGCCGCCCAGACUACUCCGCGUGGCCGGAGACGCUGUGGCACCGUUUGUCCCACCGCUGCGCACGCUGAUGCGCUGCGUUGAUGUAAUGCACUUCUCGGCGCUCGAUAUCUGGGAGGAUAAGAAGGCUUCGCUCGCUGAAGGCGACACCUUGUUGAACGAGUCUGUCCGAGAGGAGGCCGACCUGUUGAGCGUACUGCUCAAAGCACACGCCGAGGGCAAGGGAAAGAAGGUGAUCCCCGAUGAUGAGCUGCUUUCGCACGUCAAUACGCUCAUCGACGCCGGCGCAGAGAGCACUUCGACAGUCAUCUGCCGCACACUCUACCAGCUUGCGCUUAAUCCCGAUGUCCAGGAACGCCUGCGUGCCGAGAUCUUGCAGGCGGGCCGGGAUCUCGACUACGACACCCUGAACGCCCUCCCGCUUCUCGAUGCAGUCUGCAAAGAGACCAACCGCGAACACACCUUCUUCCCUUACCGAAGUCGCCAGGCUACACACGAGACGGUCAUUCCUCUGUCGAAGGGCGAAUCCCUCCACGUUCCGGCCGGGACGAUGGUGUUGAUGAACUGUCACGGGCUGAACACUGAUCCUGCACUUUGGGGGCCCGAUGCACACGUUUGGCGCCCGGAUCGAUGGCUCGAGCCCAUCCCCGCUGCUGUCGUGGACGCGAAGAUUCCUGGGAUCUACACCCAUUCGAUGUCCUUCUUGAGUGGACCCAAAGCGUGCAUCGGUUACACCUUGGCCAUCCUCGAAAUGAAAACGGCGCUCGCGGUAUUGCUGCCGGCAAUGAGCUUCGCGCCUCCCAAGCAACACGAGAUCAUCUGGCGCUCCGGAGUGACCGUCUCGCCGAGCGUGAAGGGAGUGCACACCUUCCUACCGACAAUGCCUUUGCAGGUCACGCUCUUAGACGCUGAGUCGGCCUGA